CCCCGUCAUCGUCCGAUAUAAAGUGAGCCGACCCAGCGGGUCGACGUUCCAGCUGUCAGUCACCCUCUUCCAGCUUGUCGGGACCAUGGAGGAGCCGCCACCACCCGAUAUUCUGGUCACAGCCGCAACACACAAACGGCCCAGGACCCUCUCGGCCAGUUCCAGCCUCUCCGCCGAAUCUCUCCACUCCACGCGCACCCUCCAAAAUGAAGAUCUCGAAUUCGUCUAUGAGAAUGGACGAGUCUACGGAAACGACAGCUAUUUCAUGCCCUGUGAUGAAGCAGAGCAGGACCGCCUGGCCCUACAACACCAAAUCUAUCUCCUAGCCCUAAAAGGCAAACUCACCACAACAAAAGUCUCCCAUUUCACACGAAGAAUCCUGGAUCUGGGAACCGGACCAGGCCAUUGGGCCGUCGCCAUGGCUCAAGAGUACCCCUGGGCCGAAGUCGUCGGCAUUGACAUGGCCGUAUGGGACAUCGAAACGACCGAAGAAACCGCCGGCGACGCAGACGUCAAAUGGGAACUCGACGAUCUCGACGUCUGGGGUGUAGAAGAUGAAGUCGACGACCUCACCCUUCAACUCGAACGCGCCCACCUCGCCCGCGACCUAGGCAACCGCGACCCCACCGCCUCUCCCGCCCGCCAGCGCGCAAAAACAAGUCCUUCACAAUCCACCACCCAGCCACAGACCCCGUCCGAAUCCGCCUACGACCUCUAUGUCCUCAAUCCAGAUGAACAGCCGGGCUGGCACUUCAGCGACACGUACGACUUCAUUCACAUGCGCGGCAUGAAAGGCACCUUUGCGUACUGGGAAGGCGUAUACGAAGAAGUCUACAAAAAUCUAUCUCCGGAUGGCUGGAUCGAAGUGGUCGACUACCACCUCGAAGUCCCCGUCAUCGAAAAAGAAGAUGCAGAAAGCUCCGUCGUAGACCGCGACCCUUUCCCCUUUCCCACCCUCGCUCAAUUACAUCUCUCCCUUUUACAAGCGUCCGUGAAAUGCGGGCGCCCUAUUGGCACGUACUAUAUGCAUCCGACGUACCUGACGGACGCGGGCUUCAAGGACGUGUCGACUACGUACGUCAAUGUCCCUGUUGGGCAGUGGCCUGAUGAUGAGGAACAGCGUCGUAUCGGAAAGUUGUUUCUCGUUUGCGUUAUGGAAAUGCUCGAGGCGAACGUUUUGCGCUUGCUUACUACUCAUGGUGAUACCCAGCGCGUGUGGCCUGUGGAAGAGGUGCAGGAGGCCAUUGAGCAGAGCAAGCGCGAGAUUCUGGAGUGGAACACCAGGAUGGACCAGAGGAGAGAGGCGGAUGGUAGAGCGGGGACGCAGAAAGGGUGGGAGUGGAAGGCUAGUUAUAAGUGGAUGACCGGAAGAAAGAGUUGA